UUACCUGUUUUCCGGCGAUGACAGGUCACGUGUCAUUGUUUGGAGCAGGAAACCGGUGCUUCCUCGAUGACUUCGGCGGCAGUUUGCCGACUCCCGUCCCAAUUUAUUCACGCCUUAUUUCCGUCCAGCCUGACUAUGGGCAGGAAUGCGUGUCCAGCGGUGGGGAAGAUGAAUCGACAGUGUGCGUCCAAGUGGAGCCAACACAUCCGACGCGGAUCCAGCUGCUGCUAGCUAGCUAGGUAGCUUAGCAGUAGCCCGUCAGCCGGAGGGAGCUAACGGUGGCUAGCCAUUCGAACGUCCGGCUGACACUUGUCACGGUUGUCCCCGUAGUUAGUGGCAUAUUUUGUAUACGGCAAGGACACGAUGGAGCUGUUCCAAGCCAAGGACGAUUAUAUUCUUCAGAGCGGGGACUGUGCUCUGUGGUGUAGCCGAAAAGACGGUACCAUGAAGAUCAGACCUGCAACAGACCUGCUUCUCGCUUGGAACCCAGUCUGUUUAGGUCUGGUGGAAGGUAUUAUAGGAAAGAUCCAGCUUCACACAGAUCUUCCUCUUGGCCUUGUCUUAAUCAGACAGAAAGCACUUGUUGGUUGUUUGCCAGGCAACCACAAAGUCUACAAAAUCAUCAAGAUAGCAGUCAUUCCACUGUCUGAUGAGGAGCCCCUGGAGCUGGAGCUGGAGUUUUGCAAAAAGCAUCACUUUGGAAUUGACAAAUCAGAGAAACUGGUCCAAUCUCCCGAUGAGUCGAAGUUGAUGAAAACCCUAAGUCAGAUCAAAUCUAAUGUGGCUGUCCCCAUCAAGAAAAAGUAUUCCCCUGCCUUCCAGGUCAAGGAAAACAAAGAGAAGGAACGUAUCGAGAGGCGGCUGCUUGACGAGCUGUACAAAAUAUUUGUGGACUCUGACUCCUUCUACUAUAGCCCUACCUAUGACCUGACUAACAGCGUGCAGCGCCAAGGAGACUUGCACCAGUCAAAUUUGCCCCUCUGGAAACAGGUGGAUGAUCGGUUCUUCUGGAACAAACACAUGAUUCAAGAUGUCAUAGACCUACAGAUCCCAGAAGUAGACCUGUGGGUGAUACCAAUCAUCCAGGGCUUUGUCCAAGUGGAGGAACUUGUCGUGAAUUAUGACACCUCUGAUGAUGAGCGGAGCAGCCCCGAAACCCCGCCCCAGGAGGUAACCUGUGUCGAUGACAUCCACCCCCGCUUCACUGUUGCACUCAUCUCCAGACGUAGCCGCCAUCGUGCAGGGAUGCGGUACAAACGCAGGGGAGUGGAUACAGAUGGCCAUGUGGCUAACUACGUGGAGACGGAGCAGUUGAUCCACGUGCACAGCCACACUCUGUCCUUUGUGCAGACUCGUGGCUCUGUUCCUGUCUUCUGGAGCCAGGCAGGAUACCGCUACAAUCCCCGGCCACGCUUGGAGAAAGAAGAAAAGGAGACCAUGGUGUACUUUGCCUCUCACUUUGAAGAGCAGCUUAAACUCUACAAGAAACAGGUCAUCAUCAACUUAGUUGAUCAAAGUGGGCGUGAGAAGCUGAUUGGUGAUGCGUAUCUAAAGCAAGUCCUUCUCUACAACAACCCAAAGCUCACCUACGUGUCGUUUGACUUCCACGAGCACUGUCGGGGAAUGAAAUUUGAAAAUGUACAAAUACUGACGGAUGCCAUCUCUGAUAUCAUCAGUGACAUGAAGUGGGCCUGGGUGGACCAAGCUGGAGUCAUCUGCAAGCAGGAGGGAAUCUUUCGAGUCAAUUGCAUGGAUUGUCUCGACAGGACCAACGUUGUCCAGGCUGCUAUUGCUCGGGUGGUGAUGGAGCAGCAGCUGAAGAAGUUGGGCGUGAUGCCUCCAGAGCAGCCCCUGCCUCUCAAAUGUUACAGGAUCUACCAGAUCAUGUGGGCCAACAACGGAGACACCAUUAGCAGACAGUAUGCUGGAACAGCCGCACUUAAGGGAGAUUUUACCAGAACAGGUGAGAGGAAGCUGGCUGGCGUGAUGAAAGACGGCGUGAACUCAGCCAACCGCUACUAUCUCAACCGCUUCAGGGAUGCUUACAGACAAGCAGUCAUCGACCUCAUGAUGGGCCUGCCUGUGACAGAGGACCUCUACUCCAUUUUCAGUAAGGAGAAGGAGCACGAGGAGAAAGAAAAGGAAAGCCAAAGAGGUGCUCAGGAACAAGUCAGCCUGCUGUUGCAGACAUACAUGCAGCUUCUCCUGCCAGACGAUGAACGGUUUCACGGCGGUUGGGCUCUCAUCAACUGUGACAUGAGCCUGAUUGAUGCCUCGAACAAAGAUGUGGAUGUGCUCCUGCUUCUGUCCGACAAAGCCUAUUACAUUGCUUUCUAUGAUGAAGAAAUGGAUAAAGUCAACCAAUACCAGCGCCUCAAUUUAGAGGGCUUGGAAAAGAUUGAAAUUGGUCCGGAGCCGACGCUGUUCGGCAAGCCAAAGUUCUGCUGCAUGCGUCUGCAUUACAGGAAUGAGGAGACGAGCGGAUACUUUCACACGCUUCGAGCGGCCACACGAAAUCCCGAAGAUGACGGAAAAGAUACGCUGCAAUGCAUUGCUGAGAUGCUUCGCAUUACAAAGCAGGCCGGGGGGCUGGACCUGCUGGUGGUGGAAAAGAAGCUGGAGAGGCGUCAGACCAGACCUCAUGAAGACAUCAUGGGAAUUCAGAACAAAACCUGCGACCAGGUGCAGGGCAGCUCUGGUCUGGCUCAAGGUAAAAGUUUCCUCCUCAACAAAUUCUCCUCUCUGAACCAGAAAGUAAAACAGACCAAGACCAGCGUGAACAUCGGCCCCUUCAAGCCCCUCGGGAAGCUAGGAAAUUUCUCUAAGCCUGAUGUUAAGGUCAAUUUCCUCAAGCCGACCAUGCACGUCAACCUGUGGAAGUCAGACAGCAGCCUGGAGACAUCAGAUGGCAACCCCGGCACCGGGACCUUUAAAGAUGUCGGUAAUGUCAACUACGAUCUCUCCGACGACUCGGACUCCUAUAAUUCUGACCCGGAGCACCCGUGCGCCGGCUCCUUUGAAAACGCGGAUUAUGUGCUGCCGAGCUGCGGCAUCGUAGCAUCAAACACUCGCCUGGGCAGUCGCUCCCAGUCCAUCGGUAGCGUGGAGCUCAGCAUCCCCACUGUGAUCCAGGUCAGUGACUGUGAAGGACACGAGGUCAGCGAAGACAAGUCCCCGGGGGCCGCCUCAGUGGCUGAAGAAGCCAUUCUCAUUGACUUUGGUACUCCCAUCGACGCCUACUGCCACCAGUUUGUCCAGGACGCACAGACCAAGCCUGUGGAGGUGUUUGGGGAGCGGCCGUCUGCCUCUGCCCACCCAGUUAAGCCCCUAGUGCCUGUGCAGAAUCCAAGCCCGGCGGACCCCAAGCAGCCAAGCACAAAGCAGGAGGAGCCGCAUCUCCCCAGGCCGUCCCAGCUUGACGUCCAGUCCACUACCUCUGCGUCCAGUCUCCUCACCGUCCAGAGGCCCACUUCUGCCGUCUCCGGAGGCUCUCAGCGGAGUCUGGGGUCGCAACUGGAGGGCAGCCUCGGCCCUUCACCUGCUGACAGCAAUGGCAGCCGGGUCGUGUCCCCUUUUGCCAAGAUCAAGAGCUCCAUGGUCCAGGUGGCCAGCCUCACCCAGGCGGGGCUCACUCAGGGCAUCAACUUUGCCGUGGCGAAGGUCCAAAAGAGUCCAGACCCGGACACGGUCAGCGAAGUCCAGGAGAGUGAGCUGAAGGCAAUGUUUACACAGUGCCAGACCAGGAUCAUUCAGAUCUAGCGCUUAGCUUGUAGCGGCGGGCUCGGACAUUGCCUCGCUCUUUGGCCAACACGUGCCCUCAGUUUUACCUUUAGUCCGAGUACCCGGUGUUGGUGUGGACAGUCCUCACAUGACGGUGAAUGUUUACAUGCACGCGAGCAAAUGGAGUUUGCCUGCCCCCCCACCCCCCUACAGGACAGCCUACAAAUCAGGCGUUGGCAAUUUGAUGGCUUAGCAGCUCUCGUCAGUAUAUUUUCUAGAGAAGCCAUUCCUGAUGGAAGUCUUAAUAAGCUAAUUAUGUGGAAAUAGUUAUCAAGAAAUCCAUGUACUGUACACUCAGAGACACAUUUCAGUGACAGGAGCAUCUCAAGUCUAAAAAUCCAGAUCAGCUGCCUUGGUCAAGUCUAGUCUUCAUACACAAGAUACCGUGGGAUUCAACGGUUAACGGGUGUUUUCACUCGGAAGCGUGUUGUUCCCAUGAAUUGAGUAGUCGGGUGGAGGCCCUCGUUCACAUCAAUACGAACCAAGCACAGUUGGUGGUUUGUUCCGCAACAUAUGUGAGAAGAAGCUGAACACAAAGAUAAUAGGCUGCUUUCACGGAUGACUGAGGAAAGUCAUGAAAUAUUCCCAUUGGAGAGGCUGAAACCAUUUUAUAUCCAAAAACACCAGACUAGUCAAUAGUUAUUCAUUGGAGAAUCAACGGGAAUUAACGGGUGCAGCUCUAGAGGGAAUACAGACAUAGGUUGGUUAUUUAGGUGUGAAUGACGUGCAUGUAAACAUCACAUGUCCUUUGUUAUCCACGAUGCUCCAAUGAAAGGUUGGUGCUCCAUUGGCCGACCCUGACGAGGCAUCACGUACUGUAGCUGCAGAUCCAGAUGACUAAAACCGUAAGACCUGUCACCCGGUAUGUGCAGGACCCCUAUUGGUAUUUGUUAGACGGACCUGGUAAUAACCUCCGUAACAACUGUUGUAGUGUCUUGACCACGUAAUGACAAUGUUUCCAUGUUAGACUAGUAUAGCGAGACAACAAACCAUACGUAGUAAUCCUAUGUAAUAUCAAUGUUGUCAAGUGAUACUGUAACGUAACUUCACCAGACCUUAGGAAGAGUAACCACAGUGUGUCCGAGUACAGAGAACCUCCCCUAGGCUUUUUCGAUGGAUGGCGGUGUGGCAGCUGAAUACGGUCAAAGAGGUAAAAGCAUCAUAUAUAUAUAUAUAUAUAUUUUGAGAAGACAUGUCAUGAACAUGAAAGAAACUACUGGCAAGGUUUGUUUUUAGAAUGUCUUUAAAUAAGUACUAACUGUACUGAACUAUUUGAACUAGUGCUGUAGAUUGUUGUACAGUUGACCAAUACAGAGUAGCACAUACAGUAUAGCUAUUUAUAUAUAAAAAUAAGCAUAUUCAUUCACCCAAUUAUUAGAAGGCACUCCCAAUGGAAAGCAUUGCCUUAACAGGGAAUCAAAGUGGGACUAUAUAUAUAUGUAUGUAUAUGUAUGUAUAAAUACAUCAGGUCAGGUACAUGCACCAUCAGAUCUCCAGUUUUACAUGUUACAUUUGGUGUACUGUACAAAAGAAAAUGGUCGGGGUAACUUUUAUCUUGGGAUAUUUCAUUAACUACCGCACUGAUGAAAAUAGUCAAAUUUGUUUGGGUUUUACCUGAUUGCUUUCUGGGAAAUUUCAAUUUGAGUCUGCCACAUGUACACUCAUACGGUUGCCGAGAUUUGAAAAAUAGAAUUUAACCAGACAACUACAAAAAAAAGAAUACAGUCAAAAUAUUAAGCAAAAAAGUUGCAAUUCUACAAGAAUGACAUAAUAUUAUGAGGUAAAAUGAUGUCCUUUCACUUGAAUAAGAUGUAAAUAUUCCAGGAAAAAGGCACAAUGUUCUAUUUUUGGAAAAAGUGAUCUUACUAGAAUAAAGUCAUCAUUUUGAAAAUAAAAUUUACAAAGUUGAAAUAGAAUAUAGAAAAUAAAACAGCACAAAUGGGAAAAAAGGUGUCAAUUAGCAAGAGUAAAGUCAAAAUAUUAAUAAUAUAAUAUGAUUUCAUUUUGGUAGCAUGGAAUUGAAUUUUUUUUUUAAUUCCGAGUUGUAAUUUUGGAAAAUUGGUUGAGGAAGCAUUUCUAACAUUAUUGGAAUAAAGUCAAAAUAUUAUGGAAAUAAAGUCACAAUAUGAAAGUAUAAAUAUUUGGAAAGACCCCCAGCAAAAAUAGGUUAGAAAAAGAGCAAAGACCAAAGUAUUUACCAAUAAUGUUAAUAUUAAUAUAAUAUAUAUAAUAUGUGUGUGUGUACUGAUAAUAUGGGGGGAUCAUUGAGAUGGAAUAUUCCAAGAUAACGGCUCAAAUGGUUCUUAUUUCCUGUUAUGUUGGCCUGUUGUGGAGGCUCUGUAGCGUGCGUGGUGGUCGCUACACGUGUCAGUUAUUAUUUAGUAGAGUGGAGCUGCCAAAAGCUUUAAAAUAUGGCUUUUAAAAGUGCAUCAGGAAUGCAACACUGGAGCGUUAAAGUGUAAAUAUGAUUGUAAAAAAGCGAAUCCUCAACAUUCCUUAAUACAGACCACAAUGCUAGAAUAUUGGGAUCUGUUGUUUUAUAUGCAAGUCUUUAGUUCCUGUUAUGUAAUCCUAUUAUGCUGGGUGAUGUUUUUCUCCUUUUGUUUUGACGCAAGUGCUUUGGAGCACCAUUCAUUUUCUGUCUGGUGUGCCUGUCCAUCACUCCCAAGGGGACCUCACAACACGACAUCGUCUGACCAGGGGUCUUCCAGCAUUUGUUUCACCACCAUGUCAUCCGCUUGUGGUCACGUUAGGUUAUAUUAAUAUUCAAGUCUCAUAUUUAUUCUCAUCCUUUCUGGGUGUUACUUGAUGGUAAAGUGCACUGGACACCUUUGGAAUAAAAACGAUGAGUGAAUGUGUCGCAUGAGGUUUAAUUACAUUUACAUCAAUUACUCAUGAGGGAAAGUAAAAAUAGAACAAAUAUUGAAAAACUGAUACUGUGCCUUGCAACCCAGAACCCCCAGCCUGGAUCACGGCCAUGAGAAGGUGGAGGAGGCCAGGGGCCAAACCGGAAGGGCCACUAGUGGAAGACAUUGAUGGGUCAUCUGGGUCUUGCUACAAUCAUUGAAACGUGGUACAUUCAUUCAUGCAUUACUCCAGAUGGAGCAAACCAUUCUUUUGUAAUCCAACUUAAUGUCCACGUGUAGAAAGCGAUCCCACUGUAGAUGGAGUACGGUCCAGUGCCGUGUCCCGACUGCUGCUAAUGUGGCAACAGAAGGCACGAUGACAAAGCAUUUUUAUUACAAAGAUAUGCCAAGCAUCUAAAACAAGUCAUUUGUUGCUCAGCAGUUACGGCUCAUUUCCAUUGACGCUCUUUUGCUGCUCCAUCCUGCAACUCCGCUGCAUCUCCAUGUGUUUGGCCUUCAGCCAGAUGUCCCUGGACAGAGAGGUCCGUCCCAAGCUCAGCGACAGCAACCUGACGGCACCAACAAGUCAGUCAGACACGCCAACAACCAUCUUCCCGAUGUAAAAACUAAAUGAAUCGUAGCUCACCUUGCCACGACUAGCAUUCGGUGCAGGUCCUCCGCCGUGAUGCUCUGGGGAUCGUCUUUCCUCAUGUCCACAAAGUCAUCCUCAACUGACUGACCAAGUCAUUUAAAGGUUUUAUUUUUGCUGAGCUGUCACCAAUAUUUGUAGUGCAAAGCGCUAACAUUGUGUCACCUUGGUCACUCCAUCAGAGAUACUGUAGUCCAUCAGCCGGGCCACACUCAGGUACAGUCGGAACUUGUUGAGCUGGGAGGAGGUCUCCGCGUACACGGAGAUGCUGCUGAGGUGCUCGUCCAUGUGGGCCGGGGCCACUUGAGGCUGCAGGUGUACCUGACAGUCUGACUGCGGAUUCAAAGAAAUACGGUCAACGUUUCGAUUGUCAAGCGUGUCACGGUAUCGCGGCACGCCAGGAGGGAGCAAAGCUCAACCAGCUGCCUGUGGUCACGUGACCUCUGACCGCCGCUGGAGGUUGUUUACAAUGUGCUGCCCGACGAGACUGACGCCUCGCUUUGGAUUGUUCCUGCGGCCCACAGCUGCCGCCAUGGUAACAUAUUAGACCAGCACACAGGAAUAGCACACGCCGCAUUCCUUGCCCUGGAGCCGCCGGGGGGCGGGGGUUCCUGGAUCCGGCCAAUGGCAGCUGAGACAACAAUGUGAUGCUGGCUGGAAACAACCUCCAGCGUCGGACAUGAUCCAGUCUCCGGAGAGGCCGGCCGAAACCCAACACCUCCUGAGAGCGGAUGGGGCAGGCUUGGCUGUGGUGGGGGCGUGUGGCUACACGCACCCCCCCCCCCCCCCCAGCGCGCGUCCUCACCGGCAGCAGCGAGCGGCCCUCUGAUGCGACGAGCACGUUAAUAUUGCAGGGGAAUUCCAUCUGGUGGUAGUUAAAGUCGUAGUCCACCUUCUGCCAGGAGAUCACAUUCCCCAAAGCUGUGACAUUGCGAACACCUGCAGCACAACACACAGGCCGUCUUGUUAGAGUCAAAUCCUGCUUCUGACCUCCUGAGCUCGGGUGGACCCCCCUGUGGUGUGGGGCACUUUUACCUGUGGUGUCCAGCUGUCCCUGCUCCAGCUGGGUUUCAUCCAGGAAGAGAGACGUGUUUGUGGCCAGCUGCAGGGCUCCACUCACCAGCCGGUUGGCCACGUAGUCCUUCUUGGGCACCAGACUCAUGUGGUUCAUGUUGGCAAGGCUCAUGCCCAAAUAGAAGGACUGCGGCGUUGGGGGGAUACAACAAUAUUUAUAUUAAUACUGAUUUUGUCCCAAGUGAUAUGCAUAAGCACCAGAUCCAAUGUGUUUAUUUUACUACAAUUACUGUAGUAAUUGACAGUAUUGACAGUACACCAGCAUGACGGGAUAUUUACUCACGGAGGGAACAAGCUGCUGGAUGGCGUGGUAGAGACGUUGGCUGUACGAGGGGACAGUGGGACACCCACUCAGGUUGAGGGUGAACUUGCCCAGUGGUAACACAUCCCGCCUGGCAUAGCUACAGGAAUAGGAAGCCGUGAGUGGAAUCUCAUACACGUACAACACGGAGUACAUACAGGUGGCACGUACACGGUGGAAAUGAGAUGCAGGAUGAGGUACUCGGCAGCCAGGGAAUCUCCCAGCAGGACGUGUGUUAAAUAGGACAGGAAGUCUGCUUUGAUGGAUGCCAUCUCACUCAGGCUUGAAGAUAAAACUACAAGAGGAGGGACAAUAAAGCA